GACAGAGUUCCUCCUGCAGGAUGGAGAACUUCCUGAGGCUGCUGCGGGAGCAUGGGGACACCCACUCUCCCCCACAAGAGCUGGUGACUCUCGCAGGCAAGCUAUGUCGGGACUUCCAACACAACUUUGUUCAGGUGCUAUCUUUGGUGGAAGCCAUUCUGGACAGCCGGCAUCGUUGGCAUCUGCUAGAAAAUGCGGACGUAGCACUGGUGUGCACCCAGGUCCUGAUCCAGCAGGAGCAGCAGUUUUCAGCCCUCCAGAUACUAGAGGAGUGUCGAGUGCCAGGAGGCAGCAAGGAGCUGAUACAACUCUGGAAUGACAUUCACUACCACCUGACCAUGAAGAAGCUGGGUGUCACCAUGCUGAGCCCAGUGCAGAAGUUUCGCUGCAGGAAGAGGAACCCCCCACCUCUUACCCUCUGCCCUGAGGGCCCUAAGAGCCGGAACUUCCUCCCAGAGAUCCGCUGCCAUCUGCAGAACUUUGCCACAGGUGUGAGCACUUAUCCCAAGAAGGCCCAGUUGAAGGAACUGGCUUUGGAGACCGGCUUGACUCCUGAGCAAGUGUACAACUGGUUCGCCAAUUAUCGGCGACGUCAGAAGGCUUGUGCCCUGCACAUUGAAAAUCACGAGGCCACAUCAGAAGUCUCCAGUGCAAAUAAGAGUGAUCCUGAAGCACUGCCACUUUCAGAACACCAUCACGAGUCUGCAACUGUGUCUCAGUGGUCAGCCGGAUGUGAAGGAAGUGGGACUCUACAGUCCCCAGAGACCACCCAAGAAUCACAUGGAUUGCAGUCCUUGGCUGUGAACUUUUCUGAAGACAGCACAACCCCACAGUCAUGGCUUUCAGAAUUUAUUGACCUCCACAGUAGUUGCUUCAAGAGCUUAUACCCAGAGGAUAGUCCAGGACUGAGCAGUGGGGAAGCAGAUUCCACUGAAGGCUCCAAAAUUCAUCAUCCCCACAGUUUUCUAGAGGUGUCACCAGCCUCAUCUGCAAUGCCAACACCUGUGUCAACCAUGGAGCUGUGCCAAACCUUGCCCUCCAGCCAGGUGCAGUGGCCUGAAGUCCAGACCUCCCUCUUGGAAUGCUUUCUGGAGAGCCAUGAUGCUUUUUGAGUUUUUUCGGUGCAGCCUGGGCCAAACUACCCACGAGGAGAUAGGCCAGCACAUGGAAUGAUCAAGUGUGGAUUAUUCACCAGUUCAACGCAAGUUACAGAGCUUUUCCCUAAACAAAAAUCAGUGUUCCCAGAGUUCCCCAAGAGAGCCUGCUAGGAAGUCCCAAAAGUUCUUGUCAUACCACACUGAGUAGUUUGGAUAGCAGUUCUCUGUAUUGGCAAAGUUUUUGAGAAAAAUUUGUGGUAUCGUAAGUCUAACGUAGGAUUGCUUCCUAUAGGCAAGAUAAAUGUGAAUGACAAGUGCUGAGCAGGAAGGCUACCUAGAUAGAUCAAGGAAGAAUUUUCCACUGUUGAGCCUUCCUACUCACCUGUACACGGGGCCAGCCUAUUCCACUCAUUAACUUUAUGAGUGGGUAUGGAGAGUGAUAUGACAAUCCUUUCUUUGUUCAUGGGCCCUCCUCCUAGAGUUCUGAGCAACAAAGUCGACUGGAGAUAGCUCAGAUAGGGUGAAGCAGAUAGGAAGUGAAUUUUCCUUACCACCUUGAAUCCUUUAAGUUUCUGAAAGUAUUGUUUUAUUAAACUAAAUUAAGGAUUUUGUUUCAAACUCCCCACUUUAUACUGUACCCUAACAUCUGUUCAUAUCAAUGCAAAGAGAUUAACACCAGUUUUCCCCAGACCGGUGUUUGUGGUGGGGUGGUGUUAACUGAUGCUCCCUAAACCUCCAAUGGAUGUUGCCUCUUUCCUAGAAUAGUUUGUAAGCACCGUUUGGCUGCCAUCCUCUCUCAUCUCUGUUCCUUCCCCUUUGGUUGGUUAUUUCUUCAUUAUAAAUUCCUGAAAGCUCUA